AUGGAGCACUUUGACGUUGUCAUAAUCGGUGCCGGUAUACAUGGCUUGUCUGUUGCCAAGACAUAUAAAGAUGUCAACCCUAGCCAGUCCAUCCUCAUUCUCGAUAAGGGUUCAUCUAUCGGCGGUACCUGGGCCGCAGAAAAGCUGUUCUCUACUCUCAAGACCAACGACCACUAUGGUACCUUUGAGCUUAGCGACCUUCCCAUGAAAGCCGGUACCGGGCACAUUCCGGGACCAGUAGUGCACGAGUACUUGUGCGCGUAUGCGGAGAAGUUCGAUCUUAUCCGGCUCGUACGCCUCCGUACCGAUGUCAGCCUCGCAGAAGAUCUGGGUGCAGCUGGCUGGAAGUUGACAGUGGUGGAUGUGAUUGACCGGGCCAAGAAAUCAGAUAUUCGAGCAUCGAAGCUGGUGGUUGCAACAGGGCUUACUUCCGAACCAUUCAUGCCAGAAUUGAAGGGUAAAGAUGACUUCGGAACUCCCAUCCUCCACAGUAGCGAGUUUGCACAGCAGACUGAUGGGCCUGGCCAAUACACAAAAGUCGUCAUCAUGAGCGGUGCGAAGUUCUCCUGGGAUAUCGCAUAUGCUUAUGCCUCCGCCGGAGUGAAAGUCGACUGGGUCAUUCGCGCCUCUGGACACGGCCCUUGCUGGAUGGGACCGAGUCGCGUAACCCCACUCAAGGUUAUCACGCAGUAUCUGCUGUUGACGCGCUUCUUCACCUGGUUCAGUCCAUGUACCUGGGGAAAUGCAGACGGGUACUGGGUGUGCCGGUGGUUCUUACACAAGACGUGGCUCGGCCGCAAGAUUGUCGACGGUUUCUUUGCGGCUAUGACUCACGGAGUUCUCAGUAAGCUCGGUUACGACAGGCAUGCCGAGACAGCCAAGCUCAAGCCAUGGGACGAAGUCUUCUUCGUGGGCACCAAUCGAGGACUGGUCAAUUAUGAUCAGGACAUCUUCGAAUUUGUCCGCAAUGGCACAAUCACCGUUCACAUCGCGGACAUCACUCAUCUUUCGAAGGGGACAAUACAUCUUUCGGACAACACCGAGAUCCAAACAGAGGUCCUCAUAUGCGGCACCGGUUGGAAAGAGACACCUCCCGUGAAGUUCAUCACUAAGAAAGACCUGGGCCUUCCUAGCUUCAGCACCACUGUGGCCUCAUCCCUGACUGCCCGCGCCGAUGCCGAGAUCCUGUCCUCCUUCCCAAAACUUGCUCUCCAACCACCUGACCGUCCAAACCUCAAACCAAUGGCUCUCACCAAAACCACAAUCAUCAACGAGCCGUACCGGUUGUACCGCUUCAUGGUGCCUCCAUCCUUCAUCACCCAGCGCACGCUCGCGUUCGCCGGUGCAAUCCGGAGUCCGGCAACCAUGAUGAUCGCGCAGACACAGGCGCUGUGGAUCACGGCCUUCUUCGGCGGUCACAUCGCGAACCUGAAGGACUCCUCGGCUCUAGACGUCAGAGAGCGCAUCGCAUACCAGACCGUACUUCACUCACAGUGCGGUAAAUGGCGCUACUCGCGCGGCUUUGGCGGACGCUUUCCGGAUAUCUGGUUUGAUAGCAUACCGUAUAUAGAUUUGUUGCUGAGUGAGUUGAGCGUCAGACGUCAUAGGAAGGGAAGCUGGUGGAGGGAGUGGAGUGAGCAUUAUAGUCCUGCUGACUACAGGGGGAUUGUGGGGGAGUGGAAGAGUCUGCAUCCGGAAAAGACUGAAUAG